CUCAUUUAAUAUAUGAUAACCUCAACUUUGAAAAUUAUGCUUAAAAUGGAGAAGAAACUCUUACUAGCUGUAAAUUGUGAAAAAAUAAUAUACCUAAUAAUGAUGAAAAAUGGAAAUAAUAUAAAGAUUUUCAUAAGGAAAAUGAAAUAUUCUUGAAAUAUACAAUGCUCAUAUGAAUAUAUAUAUAUAUAUAUAUAUAUAUAUAUAUUCGAAAUAGUUCUAGCUCCUGAAAAAUGGAAGAAAUAUCGCAGCAAAUUUCAGAUACAUUAAUUGAAUUGGAACCUCAAGUAACAUCACUUGAUCCAAACGAAAGAAAACUUGCUAGAAGACUUCGAAUUGAAAGGCGUUUGGAAGCUCUAAGAAGGCAAAAUGAGCCUGAACAAAUUGAUGAAGAGGAGAAGAAGGAUAAAAGUUUGACUCAGAUACAAAUUGAGAAAAGCAUUGAAGUUUUAAAAAAACUUCUUACUGAAGGAGAAGAAAGGGUUACAAAUAUAAGAGUGGCUAGUGAUUCUAGAGAAACUGAUCGUAGAGAAUCUGAAGGAGUAAAUAGAGAAAAAAUUAUUGAAGCAUUGGAAGAAGAAGCUCAACUUGCUGAAGAAGCUUUUAAGCAAAUCUCAGAGAAAUGGUUCUCGAUUCUAAAAUCAAAUGAUCCACUUAAUAUAAAUGAAAGAAUGAUGCUACAAAAAGAGAAAUGUGAAGAAUUGAUGACUCAGAAAGAUGGAAUAAUAGCCAUGCUGAAAGAGGAAAUAGCGACGGCAGAAAAGAAAUUCAGCAGUGACCAAAAGAAACAAGUGGAUGAUAUUUGUUUGUUGUCCAAUAGGAUUGAAAAACAAAUUGCUCUCACCAGAAGAGCCUAUAGAGAACAGUUAAAACUUAUAGAAGAAAGUAUGCAAGCUGAACGAAAAAUAAUGAUGGAAAUGAAUGCGAAAAAAUGGGAAGAACUCUAUAAGAAAAGAGACCAGGAAGAACAGUCAAAUUCAGACAAAAAGUAUGAGCAGAUGGAGCACUUUGAUAACCAGAUGACAGAGCUAAGAAGGGAAUUCCAAGAAAAAUAUCGAGAAACUAAAAUAAAGUUAGAAAGAGACAUUGACGAUUUAGAACAAGAACUAGAAAGGAUAAAAGCACUGGCAAUUUUGAAUAGUGAAAAGUUGGACUACAAUUAUCAGAUUUUGAAAAAAAGGGAAGAUGAGAAUAUAAUAAUAAAAUCACAGCAAAAAAGACGAAUAAACAAGCUGCAAGAUAUUGUUAAUACUUUAAAGAGAAGAAUAUCAGAAUAUGGAGAAGGAACUAAGCAACAAAUUAUGAAAGUAUCUGAAGAAAUAGCUAAAUUGCAGAAAAAUAUCUUGGAUAUUGAAUCAAAAGCCGACCAUUUCGCUGAAAUAAAUGAUGUAAAAUUCAACCAACUGUGGGAUAUGAAUAUGGAAAGAGUUAUGGAAGUUGCUGAGAGGAUUUUAACAAUAGACAAAAUAUUGCAUGAGCAACUACUUGGUUUAGAGUGGGUAGAUAAAGGAAUACUAAAGAAGAAAGAACUAAAGAAGGAAAAUAUGCCCAGUUACAAAUAUGCUGUGGAAGUUCUGGAACAAGAAGCGAAAGCACUAAACCCGCAAACAAGUCUCACUGUAGUUAAGAGCCAGAGGGAAAUCCAGUUGGACCAGAAGAAAGAAGCAGCAAGAGAUAUUCUUUUGAAACAGGUCAUGAAGCAAAUAUCGGAUAAGGCCGGCUUCAUAUUGGAAGAUCGUUUACAACUGAUCUUGGAACCUUUUCUGGAGACGGAAAAGACGAUGAUAAGAAUGGAUAACGUCUUUUCCGCCUUGAAUAUAACCAAAGAUGCCGAUAUCGACCAACUUUUGGAGUAUUUCCUGCCUUACACGCAUUGUCCAGUGUGCUCCACUGGACCUUUGGUGGAAAGGAAGUCUUUGCCGAUCGAAGAUGUGGAGGUGGAAAUUCAAGACGUGUCAAUGUCUACAGGAACGGAUGCUGAUAUGAUGAGUGCUUCUGGAACUGAAAUAUCUCACGUUUCGGAAGAGAGUAAAAAGACGAUUGAGAAAGAAAAACCCGCAUAUUUGUUGAUACCCACACCGCACCUUACUGGAACAACUAUCACUACCGUAAUGAAUGAAGUGAUUGAUGCCAAUGUGGAUGAUUCGGAAUCAACUGAUAGUGAUGCCGAAGAUCGAUUAGUUACUUACGAAACCUUGGACCCUUUGGAGAAUAUGCCCCCUUUGAGACCAGGAACUUCUCAAAAGGAAAUUACUUCUACCACUGCCGUGCAAGUGGUACAACCAGUAGUAGAAGAAAAGAUGUCUUGUCAGUAUCAGCAUCCUCUUGUUAUUAGCUCAGUUUACGUACUCAAAGCUCUGAGGAAUUUUGUCAACAAUUACUACAAACCAAAACUGGGUCUUCCUACGAUGGAGCAAAGACUUUCAAGGCAAAGAAAUACAAUUUGCCGCUUAGUCGAAGAAAGUGACAUUAAAAUGUUUUGGGAACAAUUCAAAAACAUAUUUACAGAGGAAAACGACAAUAUUUGGAAUGCUCUGUCUGAAGGUUUAACAAAGUAUCAUGCUAUUUUGAAAGAUCGUAAAUUUUUACAUGAUGAAGUUGUUGAUUUGAGACAACAGAAUCAGGAUCUGAAAAUCCUUCUUGCCAAGUAUAUGGAUAAUCCUGACGAUCCAAAUUUGGAACCUCCAUGCGCUAUGCAAAGAAGCAGUCCACCAGGAACAAGAGCCCGAAAACUUUGAUAUACGUAUAUUUUUCUAUUUUAUAAAUUGAUAUUCUAUUUAAAAUUUUGUUGGUUUAUUCAAUAAAAUUUGUAAAUUGUA